UUCUUCGCAGGGAGCAGCGCGUCUUCUUGUCCUCCAAAAUGUCCAAGUUACAGCAGCUCAGACUCUUCGUGAAUGAGCGUCUGACAGCAGCAGCGGAGGAAAUCUUCGGCGCCGUGGAGAGAACCAUAUUAGAGUUUCACACUGACAAAGCUUUUGUGUCCCAGUCGGAAGAUGUGAAGCCCAGCGAGCUGCUAAUGCUAGCCGAGGCUCUGAAAGCGGAGGAGGAGGAGGUGUUCCCGGCAGGCUCCCAACAGGUGAGUGUAUCCGAAGCAGAGGUCUCCACACAGACAACAUGUGCUCAGGCCAGUCAGCUGUUGGUGAAGCAGGACACACUGAGAGCAGGCUUUCUGGUAAAUCAGGAACACUGGCCGAGAGGAGACAAAGGCCAGCUGCAGGAUCUGUUACACUGUGAAGCUGUGGCUUGUUUCAAAUCUGAACAGAGCGCAGGGUCCCCCUCCUCAUGCUUUCAAAGCCAAAGUGUGGCAAGCACACAGGGAGUAGUGCUUUUCCCCCAUGCCUCAACAGAGUCUAAAAACAUUAAGCAGGAAGCAGAUGGAUGUGGAGGAUCGGAUUUCUGCCAGCCCAUCUCGUCAGAUAGUGGGGCUGAAAAUGAUGCCUGUGAUAAUGAAAGGAUGGAGAGCAGAGCAUCCAAUUCAAAGACAGUGCAGCCAAAAACAAAGGCAAAGCAAAAGCAGAAGCAGAAGAGUUCCAGCUUAAGCACUAAGAAAAGGACAAGUCCUUUCUGUUGUAAGCUCUGUGGAGAAUCUUUCUGCCACAGGAAUUCAUUGAUGAUUCACCUGAAAACACACGGAGACUGUGCACUGCAGCACAUAGAAACACACAAGGAGGACAAUCUGUGUCACGUCUGUGGCAAAACAUUCACCACAAAGACCCAUUUAAAAAGGCACAUGCUGAUCCACACGGGUCAGAAGCCUCACUGCUGCAAGGAGUGCGGCAGGAGAUUCGCACGAGGCGAGUGUUUGAGAGUGCACAUGAGGAUCCACACAGUGGAGAGGCCGUACACAUGUGGAGUGUGUGAGAAAGGAUUCAGACAGAGAAGUAAUCUAAUUACUCACAUGAGAAAGCAUACGGGAGAGAAACCUUACCGCUGUGGAAUCUGCUCAAGACCAUUUGCAUACAAGAAGGACAUGCUGAGACACACGCAGAUCCACACAAAGACGUGAAAAACUCAGUCCACCGUGAUAAGCUUUGGUCUAGUACUUCUGAGUUCAACUUGUUUGCCAUUAUAAAAUUUUUUUCCUUUUGGUUAAGUGUGAAAAAAGAGAUGGUGAAAGUGUGUUUAUUAAUAGAGCAAAGUGCAUUUUCAAAAUGCUUGUUGUAGAUUGCAAGGGCUAGGCAGUUAAUCCCAUUUUAACCUCCUUUACUACUACAACUUCCAACAGUUGCUGCUGCCUGUAUGUAUUCAUACCUGUCUGCAUGGUCAGACGUCUCAGUUGAGACUGUGGGCCACCAGAAGCUGCCUAGUCUUCUACCAGAUGAAAGUGUCUUUGUCAUUUAUUUGAUUUCCAAUUGAAUUAUAUUUUUUGACAUUAAGCAGGCCUACAAAGUGUCUCACAAGAGCAACAUAAAAUUACAUGUUAUGGGUGUGUUCAUUUGUGUGAACAGCCUUUUCUGUUUUUAAGGGUAUCAACAGGGCACUGUUCCAGAAAACAGUUUUAGCUAACAGCUCUGAGUUAUGUAACCUUGAGUUUCUGUUCCAGAGUCGACUUCAGUUCUGAUUCAGUCACUAGGGUAAUGGCUAAUCCCUCAUGCUUCCGUUUAUUUCCUCACUAUAAAUCCAAGGGUUUUUAUAAAUUUUUAUACAUAUGGAUAUAUCUGUCCAUAGAUGUAGAUAUAUAUUCUUUCAUGGGACAACACUGAAGAUAUGACACUUUGAUACAAUGUAGUCAGUGUACAGCUUGUACAACAGUGUAAAUUUGCUGUCACCUCAAAAUAAGUCAACAUUACCCCUAAGUGAAAAUGCCCAAAGUGUCAAUAUUUUGUGUUGCAACCACUGGUCUCAUCAGACCAGAGGUAAUCCAUGUCCUUAGUCUGCUUGUCUUCAGCAAACUGUUUGCGGGCUUUCUUGUACAUUAUCUUUAGACGAGGCUUCCUUCUGGGACGACAGCCAUGUGAUGCAGUGUGUGGCGUAUGGUCUGAGCACUGACAGGCUGAUCUUUGACACCUUCUGCAGCAAUGCUGGUACUCACUUUUGUUGCCAGUGGUUUAGACGUUAAUGGCUGUAUGUUGAGUUAUUUUGAGGUAAAAGCAAAUUUACACUGUUGUACAAGCUGUACACUGACUACUUUACUUUGUAUCAAAGUGUCAUAUCUUCAGUGUUGUCCCAUGAAAUAUUUACAAAAAUGUGAGGGGUGUACUCACUUUUGUGAGAUAUAUAUAUUUUAUUUAUUUAUUUUCUUCUCCCCUCCUGCUUCUUAGCCAUCGUGAUCCACACUGACACAGUGAUAUUCCUCAGUCCACUGGGUUCGAAGUGAGGCUGUGCUUUCUUGGAGAAUCUUGGUGUCAGAGCUCCACUGAUGAUGGUUUUCUUUCUGUACUCAUAAAUGUGCUCAACCCCAUCCUGAACAUACAGUUGUAUUGAACUAACUGGUCAGCUCUUCUGGAAUGAGAAGCCCAGAGUUAUUGACAUCAGAUUUAACCAACUCACUCUAUUUCUAAACUCAGAUUUUGUUAAACAUGCUUCCCGGAAUAGGGCUUUGGUUGGGUCUUCCAGAGCCCUAUUCCGGGAGCGCGUUAAGGAGAAGCCCCCAAAGUCACCAAAGCGAUCGUUUACCGUCUGUGUGAACCCUGCUUCUCGCCUGUAGGUUCUUAUGGACUGUAGGAAAGUCUUCAAUGUUGCUGUUGGAAGAAUUCAAAUGGUAUAAGUGUGUCCAGUGAUUGACUGAAUGGGACAUGGGCAAUCGCUAAAAUGUUUGCAUUGUAAACAGCAUUUGUUUGAAAAAAUUAUAUCAGCAUUAAUAACAUGAAGAUCUAAGAAUCUUCUUAAACUUGAGCCUGUAUAAGAACUUGAGCAAAGCUGUCAUCUGUCUGUUGUGAAUGAGUUACUUCUGUCAGUUUGAAGAUCCCUCUCAAAGUACUCUAAUCAGUUAAACUUGCAGUUACAUUUGACUUAUACUGCUAUAAAAUAAGGACACAAAUGCACCUUAUUUUGCUGUUGCAUAGAUUUCCAUAUUCUACAGGUUUUCCCAUAUAUAACGUUUAAUGUAAUAAAAACAUUAUCAUACUUAAUUGCAUGCUCCCCUUGCACCACAGUUAGUGGUCAGAGUUAGGUCCAUAGUUUUUGGGGGGCAUACACAGUUUUUGUAGUUUUGCUGAUAUACACAGCUGUUUAAGUCAGAAUGUGUGAUCGAAGUGCAGACGUUUAGCUUUAAACAAGGGGUUUAACAAAAGUAUUGCAUUAACUGUUUAGGAAUUACAGCCUUUUAUUUUCUUUCUUUCUUUUCUUAUUCAUAGUCCCCAAUUUUUUGAGGCCCAGAAGUAAUGAGAGAAUUGACAAGUAGUCAGACAUUACUAAUAAGAAAUUCUAGCGUGGCUUUAGUGAUACACUUUGGGUCAUUAUCAAUUUGCACUGUGACACAAUCAGUUUUGCAGCAUUUGGCUGAAUCUGAGCACAGAGUGUAGCCCUGUACACUUUAAAGUGCAUCCUAUCAGCAGUUCCAUCAUCACACAAUAGAGAGCUGGUUCUUUUAGCACUUUGUGGUAAACGCUCUGUGUUUUCAUUGAUCACCUUGACAGUGACACACCUACUUCAUCAAGAGUGUUCUUUAGUUUGUUAGAUGUGAAGUUUCUUAAACCACAUCUUUGAACUAAAAUUACAAUGAAAAUCUAUAAAAUCCAAAUUCAACACCUUGAAUCAACUUAUAUGUUUUCCUCAUUUGUGAUAGAGUAUCAGGGGAAGUGACCUAACCUGACCUAAGUCAGUCAAUUGUCUCAUUAGUUUUGCCUCUAAAAAUGGGGGACUAUGUAAAAACACAGGUAAUCCAUCAUUGUUAAAUGUCUGUUAUUGAAUCAAAUUUUUGAAUUUAAAUCCUAUAUUGAUUGAUUUAAAAUCCACCAUGGUGGUAUAAGGAGGAAAAACUACAAAAAUUAUCUUUUUCUAACAAACGAUAGCCCUAAUGCCAACCGCCUCUUUCCAUAACGCCAUCAAAACACCAUAUUUAAAUGUAAUUAAAUGGUUUAAGCUGAUGCAGGGAUGCUGUUUGAGUGAAUGAGAUCCUUUAAACAUCUAAUGAUGUAUUUUGUUGAAAGAAAGUGUAUUAUGUGCUUUUCAGGCAUUAAAAUGCAUGUAAGAUGUUGCUGAAUAAAAUGACAUGUUUUCUGUAGACAAUCAUGUACAGUGCAUUAAUCAAAAUAAAUGUAAUGUGCCUAAGGUUCCUCAAAAUCCAGACGUUACAUUUGUU